AUUUUUUUUUUCCAAAUCAUUUCUUUUACGUAGUAGAUAAGAUUAUCCUCAUUUCGAUCAUGCAUAUGAGUUGCAUUUAUUGACUUAAUUAUACUUAUCAUUUUUUUCUUUAACAACAUGUUAUUAUUGAAAUUUAUUUACAUUAUUGUUAAUUUCGUUAAGUUUCUAACAAUCAGACCUAAAUCUAUAAAUGGUACAACCAAAUAAAAUAAAGUAUGAUGUUAUAGGCCGAAAUUUUGCACGUUCAUGUGAUGAUGAUCAAUCGUCCAUAAUUAAUUAGUUUGUUAACUGUGCGAAGGUUAAUUUUUCUAUAAAAAAAAAAACCAUGAUGUGUCAUUUGCAAACACCUUUCUAUAAAUAAAUCAUCAUGGCCAAGUGUAUUUGGUUAUCAGAUAAGUUUCGUAGUUAUCCAAUUUACCUUCCAUCGACACAUCUAUAUAUAUACAGCGCCACUACGAUAGAUAUUAUUAUAUAUUUAGCAUUCUGUAAUCGUCUGCUUCAAUCAAUAAUCUCGCCUAUAUCGACGUCGACGCCUUUGGUAUUUGGUUUGUUGAUCGGAGGCGGCGUUGGUUUUUUUCUUCUUUUCUUCCUUUGGAGUUUUACUCUCGGCUGGGAAAUGAAGGAAAGCGCAGGAAACCCUCUCCACCUCACGUCACUGAACCAUGUCUCUCUUUUGUGCCGAUCCAUCGAAGAAUCCAUGAAUUUUUACCAGAACGUCUUAGGGUUCAUCCCUAUUCGAAGGCCUGAGUCCCUAAAUUUUGAAGGCGCUUGGUUAUUUGGACAUGGAAUUGGAGUACAUCUUUUGUGUUCUCCAGAACCUGAGAAACUUCCCAAGAAAACUGCGAUUAAUCCCAAAGAUAAUCACAUCUCUUUCCAGUGCGAGAGCAUGGGAGCAGUGGAGAAGAAGCUGGAGGAAAUGGAGAUAGAGUACGUGAGGGCGAUAGUAGAAGAAGGAGGGAUCCAAGUGGACCAGCUCUUCUUCCACGACCCUGAUGGCUUCAUGAUCGAGAUUUGCAACUGUGACAGCCUCCCCGUGGUUCCUCUCGUGGGAGGAAUGGCUCGGUCCUGCUCAAGAGUCAAGCUCCACCAGAUAGUGCAGCCACAACCACAGACCCAGAUACAACAAGUGGUUUACCCUUAACGAUCUCUGUUUUUGCUGUGUUUGUGUGUGUAUGUAUUGGUGUGCUUCAUUUUGGGUGUAAUGAAUAAGAGACCGAACGUGGAUCAGUGAAUGUGAUUCGCCAGAAAAUGAUCAUUCUCUUCGCUCCUCUUGACCAGAGCAUAUCUCUACGAGACAAUAGUAUACGAGGCUCCCAAAAUAUUCUAACCCUUGUAAUAUUUGAAAUCGUCAACAUAUUAUAUUUUCUUUUACAAUAUUAAAGAUUUAUAAAAUAAAGUUAUCUUUUAGUUUAUAUAAACUCGAAAAUCCUCGAACCGGUGUAGCAUGUUUGAAGAUAGAUGAUCUUUUGCUCGAAAAGGACAUAAAACCAUAAGAGAUUUAAAAGGGGUUAAAAUAACGUCACAUGCCGAAAGGUAGAAAAAACAUUUAAGAAAAAAGAAAUAUUCCUGUUUACCUAAUUGUUGGUUUUUUUAGGCUUAUAUAAAAGACUUUUUAAG